UAGUUGUAGUUCCUAAAACAGUGUCGCUUCCGUGUAGCCUACGUUAGGUGGAGGAAUCCGCUCAGCAAACACAAAUCACAUGUGAAAUUAUUGAUCGGGCAGGACAAACGACUUCUCCUGACGGCUCUUGAGCAUUUGACCCGUCGUCCUGGGCCGUGUGAAUUUAUGGAAACAUGUCAAAGAAACGCGGCAGGAAGCGUAGCAGUGGAGAGCUGAAUGAAAGCUCGGCGUCGACCUCGAGCCCGGACCCGGAUAACCUGUUGGGCCGCAGGAUCCAGCACACUUGGAGGGAAAAGGGCAACGUGACCAAAUGGAAAGGCACGGUCCUGGAGCGCCUCACCGUUAACAACUCCCUCUACAUGGUCAAAUACGACGGCUUUGACUGCGUUUACGGCAUCGAGCUCUUCAAAGACAACCGGGUGUCCAACUUGCAGGUUUUGGCAGAGAAAGUCGGUGAGCAUGUUGUAGUUCAUUUAUUUUUAUACUUGUCCCGAGCCCCCAUCAUGACCCACUGGUAUUACAUCACCUACGAGAAGGACCCAGUGCUGUACAUGUACCAGCUGUGGGACGACUACAAGGACGGAGAUCUCCGUGUCCUGCCGGAGUCAGAGAACAAACACCUGCUGCCGGCAGACAGGAAGCCAGGUGAGGAGCCAGAGAGCCUUGUGGGUAAACAGGUGGAGUACGUGACAGACAACGGCCUGAAGAGGACGGGGCUGGUCAUCUACCAGGUCCCGGGAACUCUGCUUUUUGAAAUGCUUUUAGACCUGUUUGGUGUUGUGGAUCUGCGACAGACUGGCGACCUGWCCAGGGUGACCCCGCCUCUCGCCCGCCACAUGCUGACUGCCUCUUCCCACCCCCGGAGUUUCUACUGGGUGCCAGGGGCUUUGGCGACGGGCACCGGUGCAGACAUCGGGGAACAGUUGGCAUACCAUCACACCAGGCUGUACGCCCAGCUAGUAAUGAAAACAAGCAGGGAGCACAUGGGUUGCCUAAGGUCCACGCUCUUGAGAAUGCGCAUGAUGUAA